CUGCAGCCCCGAAGCAAGUCGGUCGCCGUUCCGCCGGCGCUCGCGAGGAGGGGGACCCGCUUCGCCUUCAUGCCUCCAGCGUGGGUGCCCUGAGCUGACCCUUCCCUUGCUGCACAGCCAUGGGAGAGGGAUGGCUCUUCUUAGAGGACAGCCCUCGCAACAGAUCGAACUUCACAGCUCAGGCUGGCCUGAAACCCCCCAACGCCUCAACUGACUUGGAUCUGCCUGGCAGCUGGGAAGCUGAAGAGUUGCCCCAGCAGUGGGUGGUGGGCAUGAGCCUCCUGAUGUCUCUGAUGGUGACAUUCAUUGUGGUGGGCAACGGUCUGGUGAUUGCGGCCAUUGGGAGGACGCAGCGGCUGCAGACUCUCACCAACGUCUUCAUCACCUCCCUGGCUUGUGCUGACUUGGUGAUGGGCUCCGUGGUGGUAUCCUUUGGUGCCACCCUAGUAGUGCGAGGCUCGUGGCUGUGGGGCUCCUUCCUAUGUGAAUGCUGGAUUUCAGUGGAUGUCCUGUGCGUGACAGCAAGCAUAGAGACACUGUGCGUCAUUGCAAUUGACCGUUACUUGGCCAUUACUUCGCCCUUCCGCUACCAAAGCCUCAUGACGAAGAAGCGUGCCAAGAUCAUUGUCUGUGUUGUCUGGGCCAUUUCUGCCUUGGUGUCCUUCUUGCCCAUCAUGAUGCAGUGGUGGAGGGAUGGCGACCCUGAGGCUCUGAACUGCUACAGCAACCCCAGCUGCUGUGACUUUGUCACCAACAGGGCAUAUGCUAUUGCAUCCUCCAUCAUCUCCUUCUACAUCCCUCUUUUUGUUAUGAUUUUUGUCUACCUUAGGGUCUACAGAGAAGCCAAGGAGCAGAUGAAGAAGAUCGAUAGGUCGGAGGGUAGGUUCUACAAUAAUCACCAGCAGCACCAGCAUCCAGCCCACCAGCACCUGCCUAUCUUGGGUAAUGGCCAAACUAGUAGAAGAAAAACAUCCCGGAUUCUAGCUAUAAGGGAACAGAAAGCUCUUAAGACUUUGGGCAUCAUCAUGGGGGUCUUUACUCUCUGUUGGCUGCCCUUUUUCUUGGUCAAUAUAGUCAAAGUCUUUCACAGAGGGCUUGUACCAGACCAGCUCUUUGUAUUCUUCAACUGGUUGGGCUAUGCCAACUCUGCCUUCAAUCCCAUCAUUUACUGCAGGAGCCCUGAUUUCCGUAAGGCCUUCAAAAGGAUGUUGUGCUGUCCUAGAAAAGCAGACCGGAGGUUGCAUGCCAGCACUGGGGAGCUCUCUCGCUACCCUGGAGGUUUCAUCAGUACCCUGGGAAAUACUGCUCCAUGCACUCUUGGAGGGACAUGGUCUGAUUACAAUGGUGGUAUGCAGGAUGGAAGUGACUCCAGCUUGGAGGAAGGGAACAGUAAAAUCUCCUAUUCAGAGUCCAAGGUAUAAAGGGCAUAUGGUGAGUGGGAUAAAAGAAAUGGGAGGGUAUGUUGCAUAUUACAGAGCAAGAAAGGGAGCCAAAACAAUAAGCAGGACAGGAAAAAAAACUGAAUCAAAACACCUUAAAAGAACACAUCAGGAGACUGGCUAAUAUUCACAACUCCAGACUGACUUUUCUCAGUUGGAAGAAGAUAUUAUUUAUCUGAGGUGCAAAGCAGGUGAACUUGCAUACAGCAUACCUCUUCUGACUCAUCCCAAAUUGAAGGAAACAGUGACUGACCAUUGAACAAAGGAGAUUAACUCUCCAUUUUCCAAGCCAUUUGGAUUAUUAGUAUGUAUGCUGCAAAGGUGGGGGGAGAGGUUAGGUAAGUAGGUGUCGGUGUGCCAGGAAAGGAGCAAAAGCAAGUUGGAAGGAGUUUGUAAAAGAAAUGUUUCAGGAAGAACUGAAUUUGUAGCAAGGGUUCAGCCUAAAAAUAAUGGAAAAGCAAGGCAGGGCUCUCCUGAUAUUGAAGGAAAUAGGAAGAAGCCCUUGGCUGAUAGUUUAAUUUUAGAGCUAGAGAUAACGCCCUUUAGUUGUUUUUACUAUUACUGGGUGUGUCAGUAGCACAAGUAGCCUUUUUUGUUUUUAAUUUAUUUAAUCCUUUGCAAAACUGAAAGGAAAAGAAGAAGUGCUGGCCACCUGUUAUCUUUCUUGAAAUCGGUGUGAGUUUCAGGCAGGAAACAACUUUAGUAACCAUGCUUAAAAGUCUCUUUGAAUAAGCCAUUGAAACAUUUUCUGGUGAGUUUUGUUAUGCAGUCUCAUCAUCCAAUGCAUGUUUAGUUGGAAGCGAGUUUGAUGAAACUUGUUCCCAAAUACAGUAAGUGCUCAUUAGCUUUUAGGCUUGAAAACCUACACACUCCUUAAUAUCGAAGAAGGAAGAUCCAUCAGUAAUACUGCAAAUGGAGAUCAUUUUGCUUUGAUCCAAUUUCUCUCGGGUUCGCUCCUUUCUCCCCCAUGAUGUCGGGGGUGAGGGAUGUUGCUUUUCUUAUCAUAUGAGACAUCAGCAGUAAGGCUAUAAAACAUCUACCUCAAGCUGUGCAUAUUGUACAGGGAAAAUGUGUUUAUAUUAAACAGCUUAUUUAUGUAUUGCUAGUUAAGGGUUUUUUAAAAUAAAAAUAGAGUCAGGAGUAUCUCAAUAGACAAAUUGUUCACAUUGAAAAAUGAAAGAGAAAAAUUGGCUACAAGCACCAGAAAUAUGACUGCACAUUUGAAAAGAAUGAGAUUUUUUUUUUCUUUUGCACAGUAUUAACAAAGUUCUCUCUGUUACUCUCUUUCUCUCUCACACACACACACAAACACACACAUUCUUAUAGACAAACCCACUGGAAAACAAAGCAGAUUCCAACUUGAUUUCUACUGCUGGCUGAUAUGUUGUCUUUUUUUAAAACCAUUUUAUAUGAUUUAAUGGAGGUACUGUAAGUAUGUUCAUACCCAAGAGUUUCGAUAGGUAACUUCUUUAAUUCCCAGGAAAUCAUGUGAACCUUUUGUGAAUUUAGUGCUUCAUUGUCUUUCUCCAUUUUACUUCUGUGCAUUUGUGUGUCUGUGUGUCUGUGUAUGCAAGAGACUGUAUGCACAUGCAUUUUAUAGUGUAUUUAUAUUCUCUGAGUGCCGUUUACUACUGUAUGUCAUUGGUCUAUGUGCAAUAAAACACACUGCAGCACAAGCAAGCGUAUUUACAAUGUAUCUUAGCGCAGGAAUUAUAUCCAUUUCUGAUAGAAAAAACAGUGUCUGUUUUGCUGAAAAUAUAGAUCAUGUUACCAAUACAGUUCAACUUAAUGGCUUUUCCUGACAUAAUUGUCUUUUAAAAAAAUAAGCUUGCUGUACCAAAUAAGGUAGCAUUCCUGUUAGGCUGAAGACUGUUGACUUCCCCUGAAAUUCCAGGGCCAAAAGCAAAUCAUUUCCAGCUUGUCUAUAAAUACAUUAGCUCCUUUUUUCGAUAGGUGCCUCUUAUCAAUUUAAACUACUCCGAUAGUAACGAAAGCUGAAAGAGAUGGCUGGAGAUGGUGCACGAACUGUGUGGAUCUCAUUUGAGAACUGACUAUUAGGAAGGAGAGAUUAACUGUGCUUUGACAUACACAAGUCAUAAACUGUUUAUGUACAAUAAAUUGUACAGGUGUCUGUGAUGUACUUGAGCUACAUAAUAAUCCAGAAUAAGGUUUCAAAACAAUCCAGAAUAAGGACUGAAGCUGCACUUCUCUAAUUGCUUUAGAUCGGUGCACUUUUGGAAAAGUUUGUAUCAUAGAGCAGAAAUCACCAUUAAAAUAGGAAGUAAAUAAGUUGAGAAGGACAGCCAAAACCUAAUUAUUAUGAAGAUUCUCAAUGUAUUGCCAUUUGUUCAUCUAUUUUUAAAUAGAAGCUGGUGAUAAUUAGAGAGUAUUAUUUAAUCUUAGAUCUCAUGAUGCUAAGAAACUGUCCCCCCAAAAGAUGUAUCCAUUGCCAUCAGAACUUCAAAUUGGCUAGUGAGUGAAUGCCAGCGUUAAUAGCAGUGUUGUCACUGUGUUUAAUGAACAUUUUAAAUAGAUUAGCUUGAUUCUCUCAACUUCAGAGGCUUGUUAAUAGAAACCUUUCCUGACAGGACUACUCUAGUGUCAUGAACAGUAGAACAGCAGAAACUCAAAUGGAAGUUUUACGCUAUUGGAAAAUAUGGCCACCAAAAUGGUCUCACGGCCAUUAAAUAUCAAGGGAAAAAUACUGCCAGAGAAAAGAAAAAGGAGCUGGCCUAUCAUCAACUGGAUGUCAUCGUGAAUUCAUGAUCUGGAGUAAUCUGUUGAGAUCUAGGCAAUCAAUACUGAGUGCUUUUUGCUAAAUGUCUGCAGUACACCAGCCCUGUCAGAAUAAAAGAAAUGCUUGUGCUUUUUAACUAACUGGUUUGGGUUAGACUUUGGAAGCCAGGCUGGGAGAAAAAUACAUGCUAGAUAAAUAAUGCAGCUUAUUUUAAAAAGCAGAAUGCUGCCCACCGCAUUCAUUUAAAUCAGCCUUCCCCAGCCUGCUACUCUCUAGUAGCAUUGGGCUAACAAUUCCCAGAAUUUCCAGCCAGCACAGCCAAUGAGAAUUCUGCCUGAAAAUUCUGGGAUUUGUCACGCCAGCAUAAUUGGAAGUCAUUGGUGUGGAGAAGGUUGAUUUAAAAGAUGGCCACACAAUGCUUAUAGACAGCAUGAGUUGAGGAGAAUAUUAUUAUUAUUAUUAGAGAUGUCAGUGGUGCUGUCCACCUCAUAUAAUAGGUGGCCCUUGGCUCCAUUUUUGUUGGUUCCAUCUGGGUCUUGUUCUUCCUCUAAGUAGCCUUACCUUUCUUAAGUAUUCCUUUAUAUUUGGAAAACACUGUGCUAAGUAUUAAGUUGUAUCACAGCUGUGAGCUUUCGUACCAUGCUCUUUGGUGUAGGCAUGUACGUUGCUUUCAUUCAAUACUGAAAUUGUAAUAUAGGGAAAAAAGGAAGCUAAUAGAACUGAAGCGAUUUUUAUUGAUAACAAUGAACCAUGAGAGAGAGAGAGAUUCUUGUCAGGUGGUCUGCAGCAGUAGAUCAUAAACCUAUUCACAAAUACCUUUUUUUCUGACUGAAGGAUGGUACACCGGCCCCAUGUAUUACAUUAGGUUGAGAGGGCAGCAAUCUACAGGGUAUGGUGUUCAUCACUUGCCUUGGACGAUUUUAAAUGUGCUAAAUAAACUGGCCCUCCCCCAGCAGUGGUUGGCUACCACAGUGCUAUGGACAGAGCUUCACAUAUAUCAAAGCGUGGCCCUGGAAUUUGUCUUCAGUGCCAAAGCUAAGGCUGGAGUCGCCUGUUUAGGCUACAAAGUUGUGGGAUGCUAUUAUAUUCCCACAACACUUACAGGUGAAUAUGCAGAAGUUAGUCCAGAGAAAUAGGUUUUGGUAACUAUGGAGACUGCACCAGCAAAAUGCCAGUGAAGGGUAUUUUUGCUGAUGUAUAGAAUGUAAUUUAUGUUAAUAAAAGCUUUUCCAGUUAUUUCAUGUACUUUGGUAAGAAGCAACACAAAGCAUGCGUACAUUUGAUGCAUCUGCUUACAAUAGAUGGCAUGCCGAAAAACAGUGUCUUUGCACACUGAGGAGCCUUCCCUCUUUCAAGUAUAUAGGCACACUGGCAUAAAACAUAGAGUUUGACUUUUGAAAAUCAAAUAAUAAAUGUCGAUAGAGUUGUUGUGAGGGGUGAAAUUCCAUGAAAACAAAACUCUUCAUUUUACAUUGCUGGGUGGACAUUUCAGUUAUGUUGAAGCUUGGGUUUGGAGCUGUUGAUACAUGUGGCCCCAUAGUUCCAAACAGGUGUGGUUUGGAGACCUAUUUUACUACCCAAUAGAGGCCUUUCUUCUUAAAUUGUUAGCAAGCUUCCAGGAUUGAGAAGAGCAUUUCAGGGGAUGCAACCAGAUGUAGGAAGCUAAAAGGCCACUCUGCAUGAGUGGAAGCAAUCUCACCUCUCUCUGCGUCUAGAUUUGGGUGGUUAUGAUGGCAUUUCCAUUGCAGAAAGCUCUGAAAAGAAUAUAAUAUAGGAAAAGGAAAAAUAGUUUUCAGAUAAUUUACCUGCAGAAAAGCAAAAGCAAAAGUCAUUUAUAUCACAUACUGUCACUACCAAAAUAUAUCUUUUUUCUAUAGUUAUGAGGGCUCACCUUGUUUACAUGUGGUGCUUCUUCAUGCUGUAUUAACACCAUUUUUAACAGCAAAUUCAGCUGUCCAGGAAGGGAGUAUGACACAAACCUCCAACACGAUCAUGGAACGCACUUGAAGAAAUGCAUUUUGUUGGAAGGCACAUCAGAAAUUUAUUGCAUUGUGAAUAGAAACGGGAAAUUGCUUAUCCCAAGGGUGUAUCUACUGACUCUCCAUUGUUUUAGACGUUAUGAUGCCUGGGGUUCAACAAGGACUUUCCAACCAAGCUACAGUCCUGCCCUCAUGACAGCGUAUUUGGUAGUUAGGCUUUUUCCUUGACGUGAAGGUUUUUCAUGUACAGGUGAUUUGGAAAUGUUUCCAGAUAAGCAAUAUCCCAUGUUUUCACUGACCCAUUAGACGUAGCUUGGUGUUGAGCUAUAUGCCUCAUGUCAACAGAAAUGCUAAACCCCAAGUGGCCUGUCAGAAUGCAGAACUAGAUGUCUUUCAUUUUCCCCUGAUGUCGUACAUCUCUAUUAUUCUGUGAUAUUUUCUUCCUCGCAGCACUGCAAAGAUUAUGGUUAAUCAGAAAAGUCGUCAUUCAAGGCAGGUGUUAAGCUCUUUUCAAAAUUCACUUAACAUUAUAUGCUUUCCUCCCCCUUCCCUUUGUUAGAUACUUUACAUGAAAUUUGCUUAGAAUCAAUUUGAGAAGAAGGAGGCAUAAAAGUACUAGAAACUGAUUUCCAUGCAAAGCCAGAUUACAGCCUCCAUUGCCGAGUCUGGAAAUUUUGUUUGUUUGUUUGUUUUUUAAAUUAGGAGGAUGGCUUGUAUUCAUCUAAAGAUGCUCAAUAUGAACCAACACCAAGGUGAAGCUAGGUCACUUGUCAUUUAAGUAAAAUAUGUGCCUUGCUGUGAUGGAGAAUUAUUUAAAUCAGCAUUGGGGACUCUGUGGCUCUGCAGUCAUUGCUGGACUACAGUUCCCAGCACUCCCAUGCAACAUGCUGGGAAUUUGUAAGUCAGUGAUAUCUGCGAGACUAUUAAGUCCCCCACCCUGGGUUAAACUCCAGGGGGCUACUUCUGCCUAUAAUUCCCCAGUACUAAAACUAAAUUCUUGAAAGUUUAAAUUUAGUGUAUUUAGUUUCCAGAUGACUUGUGAAUAUUAUGACUGUCAGUCUGUUAAGGAGAAUUUAGUCAGUUAAAUAUAUGAGUUCUAAUGGAUUGAUUAAUUAAUGGUGCAAUCCAAUAAAUGUUAGCCAAUACAGGGAGGGAAAAUUGGAUGAGAACAGUCUUUAGUUUGAACUGACAAGCUAUUUUUAUGUACUGAUGUCCACCUUGGAGUAAAUUUCACUGAAUACAAUUCAGAUAAGUGACUCUAGGGUUUUUUACAUGCUGUUCAACUACUCAGGUUCACUUUUUAAUUAAUAAAAAUAUUUUAAUUUAUCAAAUAGAAGAAAUGAUUCUGGUAAAUAUAAUUCUAGUGUUCCAAUGUAUUAACAAAGAAUUUCACCCAUGGAAAAGUAUAUUGUUAGCAAGAGAUAAUUCUGUUUUGUUUUUUAGGAAUUUCUGAUUUUGUUUAAUAUGAAUUUGUGCACAAUUUAAACAUUCUGAAAUGAAUACAAAAUUUGAGAAAGUGUGAAUCUGAGUACGCAUGCGCAAUUUUGAUUCUCCUGUAGUAUGGAAUUGGUUUAUUCAUGUGAACAUUCUCAUGCCAUUAAUUUCUCAUCUAUCCUAACUCACAAUAUCUACUUGCAUGUACAAUUUCCCAUUCAGCUAAGGAUAUAACUUGGUUUUGUUAACCUAGCCCCUAGGUUAACAAACUAAUAGUGAAUUAGCCAGAUUUAUUGAACCCAUUAUGUAAAACAAUUUGAAAUUAAUACAGAGAUUAAUACAUAGUAUGAUUACAGCUACAGUGAUAUAAAGUGUGUAACAUUCCUGGAAAAAAAAAUGAAUUUAAUCUUGUGCAGUAGUUAUCACAUUGGGAGACUUUAAAUUCAGUUCUCAAAUUGCCCAUGAAGUUCACUGGUUCAACUCAGGCUGUGCAUUAACUUUACCUACCUCACAAGGUUGUUGUAAAGAAAAAUUUGGAGAACAUGUAUGCAGCAUGAGUUCUUUGAAAAUAUACGUGUAAUGACUCUACAUCUCCUAAGCCCCUUAACAUGUUUAAGGAAGGGUACAUAACUGAAGCGUAAGUGGAAUAAUGGCAGAGUAUGCGCUGUCAUCCAGUCCUGUCUAGUUAGAGCUUUCACUGAUAUUCUGGCAGCAGGCAUUGUUUUCCUCCCUCCCCCCUUGCUAAUUCAUCACGGUGAACUAAUUUGGACAUCAAGUUGAGCUUGGAAGAAUAGCCAGUUAUAGCUUCAGUUUAGCCAUGAAUUUGUUGGACAGUAUUUGAUAAACUCAGCACUGGCUUUUGAAUCGGAAAAAUAAUAGUAGUGUCCUAAUGUAGAUGAAGUAUUUUGAGCAUGAUUUUAUUCUGAACUUAAACAUUUUGUUUAUAACCUACUCUGUCACAAAGGUUCAAAAUGGCCAUUAACAUUUUUUAAACUGUGGCUCUGUGUCUCCUAAAACGCUUAUCUGCAAAAUGCAGCCCACUAGCUGUUAAUAAGAUGAUUCACAGCACAAUCCUAUGGAGGUUUAGUGAGUUUGUUCCCAGGUAAGUGCAGACAGUAUUGCAUCCUUAAUCCUGUUAUCAUCUGUGAGAUGACAUUUGCAAAAGUCCAGCUAGGGUUUCUGCUUUUAACUACAGAGACUUAAUAAACUUAAUACCCUGUAUAACAUGUACAACUAAGGCCGAUUUUAUUUACCUAGCAUUAGUUUCAAAGCAGUGUCAACUAAAUAGAAUUAAACAUAUGGAUUCUAUCCCAUAUAUGUUCUCCAUGUGUACAGGAAAUAUGGAAAGAUUAUUGGCAAACACUUUAUUCUGGAUUAUUACUUCAGUACAGUAUGUUCUUAAAAAAUGAAGAAGCAUACUCAAGGAAGAGUUGCAGGACAGCUGGAAUAGUGUGAGGCAGGGAGUCCAAACAUCUAUGAUGGAUCUCUCUUUGAAGCUAACCAGACAUGAAUUAACAAAGAAGCUGUAGUCAAAAGUGCAAAAUAUCACAUGCAUUUGGGUUAAGUUUGGAUAAUUAAAGGAGUUAAGAGACAAAAAAAUGAAUCACAACCAACAAUCACAGCAGGCAAGAUAUGGUGACCUUAACAGGUCAUCUUGUCCAUUUCCUUCCAUUUAAGAAGUAUUAAUAAAAGCAUCUUUAAUAGAUAAUGCCUCUAACUCUGUAAAAAACCUCAACCUUCUUAGGAGUGAAUCAUAAGUUGAGUGUAUCUUGUCCACUAUAUCUUCCUUAAUGAAAAAAUAUAGUUUCUUGGAGAAGCGGGAGUUUGAAAGUUACUUUUAUUUAGAAGUAACUUAAAAAAAAAAAUCACUCCAAAUUAUUCUAAAUGGUAACAUAUAAUGGCCAAUUUUCAGGGCACACCUAGGUGAAGAGUGUUGACCGUCACUCCAAAAAUGUACAGGGGCAGGAUCUGCCAAAGUUGUCAAUGAGUGGUAGUCACAACUAGCCAUACCACACACAUAGGUACAUAGGUCUGCAAAGGAUGACAACUUGGCAUUUCUGAUAUCCAUGGGGUGUAAUCCAAUCAAUCAAUCAUUUGCAGCAACCUGUGCUAUUUUUAUGGUGAGCUACAUUUUUCACUGGGGACAGCUAUACUGUAAUUUCAAAUACAAGGCUGAUACAUCUAUGUUACUUAUGUGUGUUCUUUUUUAAGCCCAAUCUGAAGCUUGGAUUUGAUUAAUAACUUCUAAGGAAGUACUGUGCAAAUCAGCUUUCCUACUUUAAUGAAUUUUCUUAUCUGGUUCAGUGGGUGGAUUUCCUCUUUUGUUUUUUAAUGUGUCAAGCUGGAAAGAGAGCUCUCUAGGCAGAUGUAAAGAAAUCUGCGUUAAGUUUUUACUAUGCAGUUAUGAUGGAGUGGCAUUAAGCACCCAUUUACCGACACAGGUUCACAAACACUACAGGAAAAGAGUAAGUUUAUAAUUCCAAAAUAGCAAGUCCAUAACAUUUAAAUGUGUUUCCUGAACCUACUGAUAAAGUUCAUGAAAUGAGGUUGAAAGGCAUCCUUUUAUUGUUUUGAUUUGGAGAAUUGCUGUGAUUGAUUUUACCAUGGUUAUCUCAGAGUGUUUGUAUCUCUGCAAGCUCUGUGGCUCACACAGAACCAGCAACAAUGUUAGCUGGUAUGCAAGGGUUAAAAUAACUUAACAUCUUGUUUGUUGGCUUGUGGUAGGUGAUGGGCUGGGAUGUAAUUAUCAUUUGAGUAGCAGCCAGCUUUGUACUAAUCAGAAAAAGAAGACAUGUUCUACUGGAAGGAUUAGACAUCUAAAAAUAGAUCUGCAGCGGCCACAUCAGCAAGUGAAAUGAAAUUCAUUCACACAGCCACCCUGAUAAACAUACACACAGAGUUAGCACUUCAAUUCCCCUUGGACAAAUCCACAGCUUGGCAAACUCUUCUCAUUUAAUGCAUCAAAAAUAUAGUAUCAUGAGCUUCCCAUAUGGUGUUAAGCACCUUCUCCCAACAGAAUUAUGGGUUAGUGUGCCUCACUGGCUUGCAUUCAGAAGCUGCCAAAAUCUCAAAGGGCUAAAGAGAAAGUAUCUAUAUUUGCCUUUGUAUAAAUAAUAUUUUGGCUUUUUAAAAACCAAAACCAGUAUGGUUUUUCUUGUGUUCUGCAAGAAAUCAAUAUAGUGUUAUUAAAACAUAUGAGCUCCUUCUAUGUUGCUAAAGAAACAGCUACAAUAAGGACAGCAGAAUUGCUUGCCUGAUUCAAUAACCGUUGGUAUCCAACAAAGUCAGUGAGAACUUAAAAGGAGAGGGGAAAAUAUCAUCACUUUGACUGCAGUAGUUGCCAGUGCUGGAGAUAUCCAACCAAGUAAUCAGAGCACAUGAUCACAAGAAAGUCAAAUGUUUGCAUUUAAAUUAUUAUUGUCUUCUGCCAACGGCCCUUUGCCCUCCCAAAUAUCUCUGAAUUAUGAAAUAAGUGUUAUCAGGGAGAUCCAAGAUUAGAUCUCCCAACAUGUUCCCCAUUUGGGGGCAAAGACACCUACUGCUUCAGCAAGUGUGUUUUCUCUGGUCUUAGUCUAGUCCCCCCAUGAAGCUGCUAAAAUGCAAGCAUAGUACAGAGAUCUUGAUUUUUUUCCUCCCGUGGCACUGGCCGGGGGGAGGGAGGGGUGAGCUCAUAGGGAGAGAUCUGAAAAAUAGCAUUGGGAAACUAUGACCUUCCUGUCACCCACUGACAAUGCUCCCCCAAGUGCCCUUUCCUUCUUCAUGUCUGCCUUUAACUGGAUAAAAACAUGUUGGGAGAGCCAGUCAUGAAUUUGCUAUAUUGCAUCUAUAGGGAUAAGCCUUCUGUAAACACUGGGGAGAGGAAAGCAUUUAGAAAACAAGUCCAUCAGGGAAAGGAAAUUAAGACAAUGAAUAUGCUUAAACUUCAAAAGAGGAGAUGGCAGAAUCUUCCUUAAUACUAUGUUGAGUUUAGGCAUGUUCUUGGGAAUGCAGGCAGUGGCUGACUCUGUCCUGGUGAAUUCAUGUUCAAAAUUGCCCUUAGUCAAGACAGAGUAACUGCUUUGACAUAUAUGGAAAUCUACUAUAAAGAAACUGCCACAGUUCCCUCUGGUCAUGGAGGAUAGGGCCAGACUGCUGAAAACUCAUCUUCUCAGAAGAAAGAUAAUGUAAGGGAACUAAAUACUUAAUAUAUAGGAAAGCUUUCAAAAUGCACUGCUGCAUUUUCCUGCACAUGCUCAGUCAAUGGUCUAUUAGCCGAGUUCUCAAAGACUGAGUAGUUCUAUAUUGGAAAAUGCGAGACAGAUGAAGUUAUUCUUGCAUUCUGUCCUCUUUCAGUUGGUAGUUUGUGAUGCUCCUGGAGCAUACAUGUGAAAGAGUGAAUAAAGAAUAAAAAUCAAAGCAAGUUACUGGACAGCAUAUAGAACUCGAACUCCUCCCUUACCAUUGCAAUCAAACCUUAGUCAGUCUCAAACUAACUAAAAAUAUGAAGAUUCAAAUGGGUAUUUUGAACUAUUUAUUUAACUUUAAACAUAUUUAUGAAGUAGCACUCCAUUCUCUGAACACUCAAGACAAUAUUACAAAUUUAGAUAAGCUAGGGUGGCAUUCUUGUUGCAACCUGAAGCUGCAGAGAGAGAGAGAGAGAGAGAGAGAUUACAUUAAUUACAUAAUUAUGCAGAUGGCAUAAAUUAUAUCAAUUAUCCAGACUGCUUCAGGAAUAGUAGAAUUUGCCCUUUAUUUAAAAUUGUGUCCAUUCCAUUUUACGUUUGUUCAAUGUGGUUCUAUAAAAUUGUGAAUUUACUGUUAUUGCUUGAAGAAUCCUCGAAAUAAUCGGCUCAUUACUGUAGAAUAACUAGGGGUAGUCAAUAAAUAUGUUAUGAAAACUCUCACUCUUGGUUUGAUUCUCUAGGAACAGGUAGUCUUAACAACCACUUCACACACAAUGUUUUUCAUAUACAGAUGGAAACACAUGGAAAAAAUGUGUGUGGUCAUUUCCAAAGUACAAGGCUAAUGUUUAUUUAACCACAAGGGUCUACAUCAGCAACACACUGUGUAAAUCAGUAUGGUGACUCAUACCAUGUGUUGCAUAAUCACUUCAGUUAUUGGAUGGAUUGAAUAUAUAAUAAGUAAUUAAUAAAUAAUGAUUUCCCAUUCAUCUCACAAGUAGUAAUGGACUUGCUUUCUCCAUCCAUGGAGGUGAUCGCCUUGCUUGUUUCUUUUUUAUGUAUUAUUUAAAAAACAACAUGUGUAAAGCUGCUCUAGGAAACCUGUGCUUGUGCACUUUGGUAAGUAUUUCUUGGCAGCUUAUACAAAUGGCCAUAAUUUGUCUAUUAAUGAGUGUCUGUUCUGAAUGUGCAAAUGCAGUCUUCUUUUACCAACUUUUUCAGUAUGAGCUCAUACACUUUGCAACCUCAACACUUCACCCAGAGUUAUACUCAUAUGAGAUGUGGAGCACAGAGUAUGUAUAUGGCACUGUUAGAAGCAAACUAUAAGCUACAAAUAAAG